AUGGCAUCAGCAGCUCUGGAGCUGAUGGGCUUCUUCCUGGGCUUGCUGGGGAUGCUGGGCACCCUGGUUGCCACAGUGCUGCCCUACUGGCAGAUUUCUGCACACAUCGGCUCCAACAUCGUCACUGCUGUGGCCAACAUGAGGGGCCUGUGGAUGGAAUGUGUCUAUCAGAGCACCGGGGCCUUCCAGUGUGAGACCUACAAUUCCAUGCUGGCUCUGCCCUCUGACCUGCAGGCCUCUCGGGCCCUCAUGGUCAUCUCCCUGGUGCUGUCCAUCCUCGCAAUCGCCAUGUCCGUCCUGGGGAUGCAGUGCACUCUCUGCUUGGAUGGCUCGGGUGCUGUUAAGAGCCGUGUGGCGGGUGCCGGCGGGGGGUUGUUUGUCGCUGCCGGCUUUCUGGCUCUCAUACCUGUGGCGUGGACCACACACGAGGUGGUCCAGACCUUCUAUCGCCCAAACGUACCAGCCAGCAUGAAGUUUGAGCUGGGAGAGUGUUUGUACGUCGGUCUGGCCUCCGCACUUAUUACCAUGCUGGGAGGAGGGAUGCUGUGCGUGUCCUGCUGUGAUGAGCAGGAUGGCGGCCGCGGGAGGCGACAUGGCGCCGGAUAUCCAUAUCCAGUAGGAGGCGGCAUCUCCAGCGCAGGAGUACGAACCACCUCACAGACCUACCGCAACCCCACCCUGCAGGUAGGGGGCACCAGCACCGGCGGCAGGGGGCAAACACUGAUCCGCAGUGCAAGUGGCAGCUCAGGAACGAGUACGCAUGGAGUCCAGGGAGCUAAGAAACCGGCAGCAGCAGGAUAUGACAUCACAGGAUAUGUCUGA